UUCUUUGCCGCGGCGUACACACGACGCGUACGACCGAGUCAGGAGUAUAGACACGAGUAUAGGCGGUGGCAGAGGGUACGGGGGACCUGACCGAAAGCAAAGCCCGUAACCCCCGUUUGCGGGCCGAGCCCACUUCAGACACGCCGUGUCCUCCGCGUGGUCCACAUCAUCCUGUCCUGACCGCCUCUCUCUCUCUCUCUCUCUCCUCUCUAUUUAUCUAUCUCCUUCUUCCUCGCCUCCUCUCCUUCUCUCUCUUUUUCUGCUGCGCGCGCACGCACGCCCGCGUAUAUCUCUCGCUGCGCUCUCGCGCCCUUGCCGUAUUCCGCUCGUCGGUGUAUCUGUGCCUGUCCAGGCACAGUUCUCCCUCUUACCUCUGCCUCACCGACUGCCUCGCUGACGUACGUCCUUCUCCUCGCGAGCGCGUUCGCCGGGCCGGCCGACCGACCGCAGUUUGCGGUCUCCACCGCGAGUUUGCCCUCGCGUCGCGCGGACUUUGCCACUCCGCUGACUACCUGGAGUAGCUGCACGUGCUCCGCGACACGGGUAACGAGCCUGGGAGCACCGGCUUGCCGAGAAGAGGAGGAAGAAGCCGAGGAAUCGGCGGGGACUACGAUCUCUUCUCCCAGAAGUCGGAAGUUGAACGCGUGGUUACCAGUGAGUCUCCAAUCGAGUGGAAGUGGAAGAGAACAUUGUUAAGCCGAAAGUUUUUUUUAAGGGGAAAUCUCAACAUUUUGUCGACGAUUGGGACGGCAUUGAUCGACCAGAUUAUUCCUGAGAUAUAUUUGCGACUGUGUAAUUAAUUACGAACGCGAUUCCAUUCAAGGAAUGAUCAAGAUUUUUACGAUUGAUCGGAUCAUUAAAGGAUCCGAACGUAUACGCGCAUUCGACGAUUGUUAUGACUCCGAAUGAAGGAGCAACGUCCACCUCGCGACUUCAUCAAGGACAGUCGACCGCACGUUUCCGCGCGGGUAUCGGAGCGGAAUAAGAAUAGGGAACGAACGACGGAAGGAAGCACACGGAGAUAAAGAGCAGAUCAUCGGUUCGUACAGCGGAAGGUGGUCGUUGAGAAAGAGAGAGAGAGAGACCUUCAUGUUGUCAUCUGACGUGUGCUCGUGGGUGUAUUAUUAUACAUAGUCGGCCUCCUCCUCUCGCUUCUUUUUUUAUCUGUCUCUUUCCGGCUUUCGUAUCACAUCCACGUCUCAUUGCCGUGAAAGCGAAGUCAUUUCCUGCGUGAGUCGAGCACGCGACGCACGCCAGGACGAAACGUCUCUCGACGAAUUGUCUCGCCAGGAAUCUAACGUACGACAAAACAUGACGUUGUAUCAUCAGUAUCCAUUUCGAGGCGAACUAAAUUGAAACGGCAGAGGAAGAGGACCGAAGUAAGGGGGAACGGAGCCAGGACGAAAACUUCUCGGAUCCUCGAGAAGAGCGAAUGCCACUCGAAAGCUGAGGAGAACUACGGGCCGAUAUCAUAAAAAAGUCAACAGAUUGACGUGAUUGCUCGUCGUCGACAUGCCGCACACCGGACAAGCCGGGGUAAAUCAAUUAGGCGGCGUUUUUGUGAACGGCAGACCGUUGCCGGACUGCGUGCGCCAGAGGAUCGUGCAGCUCGCCAUGGUCGGCGUCAGGCCGUGCGACAUUUCGCGGCAGCUACUCGUGUCCCACGGCUGCGUCUCCAAGAUACUCACGAGAUUCUACGAGACGGGAAGUAUCCGACCCGGCAGCAUUGGCGGAAGCAAGACCAAGCAAGUGGCCACGCCGACAGUGGUGAAGAAGAUUUUACGAAUGAAGCAGGAGCAGCCGACGAUGUUCGCCUGGGAGAUUCGCGAGCAGCUCGCGCGCCAGGGUGCUUGCGACCCCCAGAGCUUACCAUCCGUAUCUUCGGUCAAUCGUAUUCUCAGAGGCGGUGGGCUCCAUACGGAUAUCCCUACCAUCGAGAGCACCACAUCCGGCGGAUACGCGUCGCAAAUUCCGUCAAACGCCGGAACCAGAGAUACACUUAUGAGAACCGACUAUCAGCUGUUCUAUCCGGGUGCUCUAGGUCCGCUGCACAUCUCCACAAACAAUAGUAAUACCGGCACGCCAUCCUGGAAUCAGAGCUUUUAUUCAUCUCUCUACCAAGCGACGACUCUGCACUUGCAACACGGAAUGCAAUCAUUCGCAUCUUUGGAUGCCGAACGUCUGUCGGAACAAAACGGCGCGCAGAGUCAGCUAGAGUUGAAGUCGAGCUCAAGCUCGACGGCCGGUAGUGAUGAUUCGUUAGAUAAAAGCGACCUAGACGAAAAUCUUGUCGAUUCACAGGACCACUACAAGUCCUUCCGAAACACGCCGAUCAUUUUAGAACUCAGCCAGAAAAUAGGCAGCGAUCGCAGUGCAUUCGUCAGGCAUGCCACGCCUAACUCACACGCCAUAAACUUGGACAACUCGCGGGAGAGCCCGUUAUCAAUCAUCGAGAAGCAGGAUCGUCCUACGUCACAUAGGACUCUCGAGGCGAAGAACAUGAAUCCGAAUACGAUGACGAUGACGACAACGAACGAAAGCGCAGUGGUGGAAAAUCAGCCGCCGCAACCUCAGAAGAAGAAGAAUCCCUACUCGAUAGAAGAGUUAUUGAAGAAGGACGAGAGCAAAUCUCCACCCAGGAGGCCGAGAUUGCCUAAUAUCGGCGUGGUGCAACCCUGCGGAAUUGUCGUUAGUAAGGAGAUAUAAAAGAAUAUUGUAGCGCCCAAACACGCGAGUUUUCGGGAUAAGGCGCGUUGUGUAUUUAUACAAAACGCAAACUAUAUCGUGAUAAUUAUUGAUGAUAAAUCUCUUCUCGGGCGAACGUUGUACGGUAUAAUGUAACGUACAUCUCGGCUAUAGAUACAUGUGUAGUAUUGCCAGGUGUAGAGAAAUACUGACCGAUAUGUGCGAAAUGCAUUCAAUGAAAAUUGAAGGCUUUCAUACUAUCUUAUAUAAUUUGAGAGUUAUUUCUUUGCACCUGUGAUGAAUAAUCUUUGCGGGUACAAUGAUAGUAGCGAAUGUCCUAUAAGUGUUUAACUUAAAGUAUCGAUUAAGCAUAGGAGUUGAUGGAAGAGAUUAGAAGUGGACAGAGUUUUCUCCUUUGAGAGAGAACGUGGCUGUUUUGUGAAGUAAAAUAAGAGAGCGGUACGCGCGAGCCAUAUAUAAUGUUAGGAUCGAUGACUAUAUUAUCGAUUGUAACUUGUAACGCGUAGUAUAUAGUGAAGUAUACGUAAUCUCUCUUUGUGUGUAAGUUAACUUAUAAUUAAAUUAUUUUUUUCUAUUUUUUCCGCGUUGCUAUAAUCUUUUAAACGCCGGUGUUAUUCUCAUCGGCUAGAUAAAUAUGAAUACAGCACUAUUAAUGUUUUAAUCGCAUCGAGAAUUUAAGACUUUACUUAAAUUUGUGUGUUUGACGUAAAAGAAACCAGUUACGACCAUGCGAAGUAAUUGGAAAUCCGGAAAAAAUUUUUUUUACUGCUUUCACUGAUUUAUCUUACAAUUCGUCGAAUUCGUCACCGACGGUGAAAUAUCAAUUAACAUCGCCAGUCUCUCCUCACGUGUAAUUAACGUAACGUAAUAACUUGGACAUUUCCAGACCGCUAUGUCACGCAAUAAAAUUCGACAUUAUCGCAUAUGCUUUUCGAAAAAAAUUAAUCAAGACAUGUUUGUGUGCCCAUCGAUAUGAAAAAAUAAACGCGAUAUGAUGCCUAAUAAAAGUUGACAGCAGAAA